GCCAGGCCUCCCUCAGUGGGCGCGGCGCCCCUAGAGAGGAUUCGGCGAGCUCCACAGAGCGCGCAGCUCCCUCGGCCCGGACAGCCGUCCUGACAGAACAGAGUCGUACCUCGUACCUCGGCCACUGGCACGGUCUGUGCCUCUGGAAGAUGCAGAUGCUCGUGAUGCUGCUGGCUGCGGCGGGCACCUGCCUGGACCUGCUGGGGGCAGCGAUGGGAGGUGCCCGUCCUGCCCAACUGGCCCCUCCCGGCAUGCAGCCCGCCCACCAGCGCCAGAAGAGAGACUGGAUUUGGAACCAGCUGUACAUUGAUGAGGAGAUAAACAGUUCACUGCCCCACUACGUGGGCAAGGUCAAAUCCAGCCUGAACCACAAGAACGCCAAGUACCUGCUCAGGGGAGACUACGCCGACAAGGUCUUCAGGGUCGAAGGGGACACGGGGUUUGUGUUUGCCCAUGAGAGGCUGGACCGGGAGAAAAUCUCCGAGUACCACCUCACCGCCCUCGUGGUGGACAAGGACACCAACAAGGACCUGGAAUCGCCUUCCAGCUUUACCGUCAAAGUGCACGACAUCAACGACAACUGGCCCGUGUUCCCGCGCCGGCUGUUCAAUGCGUCUGUGCCAGAGAUGUCGAAUACGGGGACCUCGGUCAUACAGGUGACAGCAACGGACGCCGACGACCCCACUGUCGCAGGCCACGCCUCUGUCAUAUACCAACUCCUGAAGGGACAGGAACAUUUCAAGAUCGAUAAUACCGGACUCAUUGUCACGAUGACCAGUGACUUGGACCGAGAGACGAAGGCCAGCUACGAGGUCGUGGUGGAAGCCCGGGACGGCAAAGGUCUCCGGGGGGAGUCGGGCACGGCCACCGUGCUGGUCACCCUGCAGGACGUCAACGACAACGUCCCCUUCUUCGCCCAGCCCAAGUACACAUUUUCGGUGCCUGAAGACAUCCGGGUCAACAAUCCUCUGGGCUCGUUGUUUGUUGAGGACCCAGAUGAGCCCCAGAACCGGAAGACCAAGUAUAGCAUCGUGCAGGGCGAGUACAGGGACACCUUCUCCAUUGAGACAGACCCCGUCCACAACGAGGGCAUCAUCAAGCCCAAAAAGCCCCUGGACUUUGAGCGCAUCCAACAAUACAGCUUCACCAUCGAGGCCACAGACCCGACCAUCGACACCCGCUACAGGAACCCCAACCCCACCAGAAACAUGGCCCGUGUCAUCAUCAACGUCACAGAUGUGGACGAGCCCCCCAACUUCCAGAAGCCCUUCUACCACUUCCAGCUGCGGGAGAACCAGAAGAAACCUCUGAUCGGUUCCGUGCUGGCCACUGACCCCGACGCUGCGCGGCGAAGCAUCGGAUACGCCAUCCGUAGGACCAGUGACAAGGGCUACUUCUUCGGCAUAACCAAGCAAGGGAACAUUUACAACGAGAAGGAACUGGACAGAGAGCUCUACCCCUGGUACAACCUGACUGUGGAGGCCAAAGAACUGGAUUCUCGCGGGAACCCCACGGGCAAAGAAUCCAUUGUGCAAGUCCACAUUGAAGUUUUGGAUGAGAACGACAAUGCCCCAGAAUUCGCCCAGCCCUACGAGCCCAAAGUCUGCGAGAAUUCUCCCCAAGGCAAGCUGGUCAUCCAAAUCUCAGCCAUAGACAAGGACAUCACGCCACAAAACGUGAGAUUCCGAUUCUCCCUGGGCACUGAGGACAGCAACUUCACCCUCACGGACAAUUAUGAUAACACGGCCAACAUCACAGUCAAGUACGGACAGUUUGACCGGGAGCGGACCAAGUUCCACUUCCUGCCCGUGCUCAUCGCUGACAACGGGAGGCCGAGCCUCACCAGCACCAGCACACUGGCCGUGGCCGUGUGCAAGUGCAACGACCAUGGAGAGUUCACCUUCUGCGAAGAGGCAUCAGCCCAGGCAGGCAUCAGCAUCCAGGCGCUGGUGGCCAUCUUCCUCUGCAUCCUCACCAUCACAGUGAUCACCCUGCUCAUCUUCCUGUGGCGGCGGAUCCGGAACCAGGCCCGCGCGCACAGCAAGAGCGUCCUGGAGAUCCACGAGCAACUGGUCACCUACGACGAGGAGGGUGGCGGCGAGAUGGACACCACGAGCUACGACGUGUCGGUGCUCAACUCGGUGCGCCGUGGCCGGGCCAAACCCCCGCGGCCGGCGCUGGACACCAGGCCGGCCCUCUACGCCCAGGUGCAGAAGCCACCCCGCCAUGGGCCCGGGGUGCACGGGGGGCCCGGGGAGAUGGCCACCAUGAUCGAGGUGAAGAAGGAGGAGGCAGACCUCGACGAGGGGGGGCCGCCCUACGACACGACGCACAUCUACGGCUACGAGGGCUCCGAGUCCAUCGCCGAGUCCCUCAGCUCCCUGGGCACCGACUCUUCCGACUCGGACGUGGAUUAUGACUUCCUCAACGACUGGGGGCCCAGGUUCAAGAUGCUGGCCGAGCUGUACAGCUCAGACCCCCGCGAGGAGCUGCCGUAUUAGGGGACCCUGGGUCUCUGGGCCUGGGGACCCGAAUCACUGCAACUCAGGCCAGUGGGACACCUGGGACUGAGUCCUGGGAUGGCGGCACAGAUGCCCCCAGCCCAGCUCCCCUUCCUCCGGCGUCCCCCAGACCACACCACCUUGGGGAGCCGCAGCACCACCAGCGUCAGAGGAGCCCCGGGAACAGGGACUGUCUGCAUUAAGCCAGCAAAGGGACAGGAGAAGAGAGACCUAGCCCAGCCCCCGUCCCCCUGGGAGCUCCAUGUAGGUAACUCUAGCUCCCCGAAACUCCCAAGAACAUAUUUCAGUGAUGGCGACCCCUAAACUUCUGGAAAAUCCAGGCUGGUGUCUGGGCCCAGACAGUCAGUAACCACGCAGCCAGGCCCAGGUCUAACCUGGGACACUGGACCUUAAAGCAGCUUGUGUUCAGCUGACUGGAAGGUCCUCCCCUGGGGUCCCUGAGCCCAGAGGGCCUGGUACUGCAGGCAAAGGGCUAGAUUGGGGGCGGGGGCAAGGGGGAGGCGGCGCAUGACAGCACAGUCCCAUCCAGCACCCUCUCCGGCUCCAACUUCACUCCCUCCCAAGUUCCCCACCCCUGCCCGGCCGGGCCCUCCCCAGGUCUCGCAAAAGAUAGGAAGGGACCCCUCGGCCAUUCCUGACUUUGGGUGCUGGGGUGACGUCACUGGCCUUCAGUUCUGGGCGCUGAAAAUCCCACCCAAGUCAGGGAAACGGCUUGUUGAACUUUGAAGCAACUGUGAAUUCGUCCUGGAGGGAGAGCAAGUGUGACAGAUCACAGGGCAAGGCCGCCUCACACCACUCCCUCUGGGGCGCGUCUGGAGUAGCUGUGACCCCAAUUUGAUAAUCACCAACACCCCUCCUGGUGAAAGUGGGGCAGACAUUCCCAGAGCUGACCUGCCCUGCCCUCUGCCAGUGUUCCCUCUAACUCUCAUGCUGGCUCUUCCCCCGACCCCCAAUUUACUCCUGUCUCCUGGCUUGGCUGACUUCGAGGCACUCAAAAUAUGACCCACAGCAACUCUGUCCGGACCCCAAAAUUGCUGCGCAAUGGAGCCAUGCCGUUUGCCUUCGCACCUCGUUGCUGCCACAUCUCAGGGAACCCCAGCAGAACCCUCAGGCCCUGCAGAAGGCAAAGCCCUGCCCUAACCCUGCGGUCAUCUUUGUGUCUCCCACUUUCACCCCCAUAUGGAACAUUCCACUGCCUGGGGGGGGGGGUCAGGCAAAUGCUCCGACUCACCCACCCUUCUUCAUGGACAGAGGACCCCACUCUGGGGAGGCCCCUCCCACUUCAGGGGAUUGUAGAUAACACUGACCUUAAAAAAAGUAACUAAUAUUUCGUAAUUUUUUUUUUUUUUUACUAAUAAUACUUACAAGUUUCGAGUGCUCACAAACAUAUAGAAAAGGGGUUUUUGCUAUUUAGGUUAACAAUUUUAAUUCAGGUUUUUUAGUGGGAUUAUCUGAUUCCUAUAACUUUCUAUUUCCUGUCAUUAUAAUAACUGUUCUAGAAAUGAUGACUCUCUAUAUGUACAUUGGCUACACUGGUGCAUGGGAUGUACUGUAUUUUUUUUUUAUAUCUAAAUAAAGAAAAUCUUUCAAUUCCUCCAUUUCUAAAGCCGAGAGGGCGCACGUGAAGCACAAACACCUCCACCGCCAUCAGAGGGACCAGGAACAAGGGGGGGUCUGCAUUAAAGAUUUCAGAGAUGCUCAUGACAGAAAAGGGAUUGGAGAAGAGU